AUGGCUACAGCCGCAUCUGUCGCGCCGCGCUCCGUCGGCGUGUGCGACAACGGCCGCGGCGGCGUGGGCGGCGCAGAUGGUAGCUGCCGCGGCAAUGGGGCAGCCGGCGGCGGCAUCCAGCUGAUCCAAGGGCCCCCAGGCACAGGGAAGACUGCCACCGUCGCCCCGCUCAUCGUGGCGCUGGCAGAGGGCGCGGGCCAGCAGCUGCUCGUGGCCGCCCCAACCAACGCCGCCAUUGCGGAGGUCGCGACCCGUGUCCUGCAGAUGCAUGGCAGCGGCAAGACUAUGGCGGCCCUCCUUGCCUCGUCCCCAGAAAACGACCAGCGAGAGCAGCAGCAGCAGCAGCAGCAGCAGCAGCAGCAGCAGCAGCAGCAGCAGCGGCAGCGGCAGCAGCAGAUCACGGCAGAGCAGCUGGCAGCGCGCGAGCAGGCGCCACCCGAGGCAGAGCUGUCGGAGCUGCAGGCGUUCGCGCUCCGGCUGCACGAGCUCCAUACCUCGUCGGUCGUGCUGGUCAACAGUGCUUCCGCGGACGUCUUUGCAGAGGCAGUCAACGGCAUCGCGCUGGCGCCACGGCUGGAGCGGCUGCUGGCGGCGCUGGGGCCGCAGGGGUGGGGCGAGCGCGCGCGCGAGCUGCUCGCAUUCCUGGCCGCCGCCGACACGAACUAUGAGAGGUGGCGAGCCGAUCAGCAGGACGGAGUGAGCACGCGCCAGGGCGAGGGAGCCCAGCAGGCUGCGGAUGGUGGCUUUUGGUGGUGGGCGCGCGGCGAACUGCAGGCGCGCCUGGGCAGCCUGGUCGAGGCGGGGGCUGUCGUGCUGGCAGAUGCCCCGAGCGCCGUGCUCAAGUCUGCAGGCGCUCGUCAGGCCCUGAUCGACCUACAAGACGCUGCCGACGGGCUGCAGUUGGUUUUGAAUCAGCAGGCGACCCCGCUAGGUCCACGUGCCAGUCAGCAGCUGGCAGGAUGGUGGCGGAGCAAUCUGGGUGCCCAGCCCCUGGACAUCGCAGCCGCACCAUCACCAGCAGCGACAGAGCCCCCCAGCAAGGGGCUGGGACCCCUCUGCGGCGCGCUGCUGAGUCUGCACGCUCGGCUCCGCGGCGCGCGCGGCCGGCUCGACGUGCCGCCCUCUGUCGCCCUCGCGCGCCCAUCCGCCUUCAGGGACCUGCAGAUCCUCGUGCUGCGCUCCGCCUCAGUUGUGUUUGCCACCGCCUCCAUGGCCGGCAGCGCGGCGGUCGCGGAGGCCACCCCCCAAUUCAACGUCUGCCUGAUUGACGAGGCGGCUCAGCUGGUGGAAGCAGAGACGGCCAUCGUCCUCAACGCCGCGCCGGACGCGCAGCGGCUCAUCCUUGUGGGGGACCACCACCAGCUGCCGGCCACGGUCAUCAGCCGGGACGCAGAGGCCGCUGGCUACGGGCGCAGCAGCUUUGAGCGGCUGGCGGGCUGCGGCUUUGGGGUCAGCCUGCUGCUUGAGCAAUACAGGAUGGCGCCCCAGAUCAGCGCGUUCCCCAAUUCAUGCUUCUAUGCCGGCCGCCUCGUGGACGCCCACAACGUGCGGCAGCCCGGCUGGCAGCUCCCCGCCCUCGAGGCGCCCCGCCUGCUGGGCGCCUACGCGUGCGUCGACGUGCGGCACGGGAAGGAGGAGAGGCAGCCCGACGGCGGCGGCAGCUGGUUCAACGAGGCGGAGGCGGACGUUGUCAGGGGGCUCGCGGCGGCAGCGAGCAAGGCGGCUGACGGGAAGGUCUCGAUCGGCGUGAUCAGCGGCUACCGGGCGCAGGUGGAUCUGCUGGAGUACAGGCUCGGCGGCAUCAGGGGCGUGCGUGUCAAGACGGUCGACGGCUUCCAGGGCCGCGAAGAUGACGUCAUCAUCAUCAGCUGCGUGAGGAGCAACGCCCGGGGCGUCAUCGGCUUCCUCCAAGACUACAGGCGGAUGAACGUCGCGCUCACCCGCGGCCGCCACGCCGUGUGGGUGGUCUGCCACGCUGCCACGCUGCUCCAGUCCAAGGACCGCCACUGGGGGCAGCUGCUCGCCGACGCGUCCGCCCGCGGCUGCCUGGUCAACGCCGCGGCCCACCCGCGGCUGCAGGAAGUUGUGGCGCGCGCCGAGGCCGGGCGCAGCGAGCCCUUCUCUGAAGAGCGGAUCCGCAGGCUCACGCAGGGCAUGUGGACUGUCAAGGCGUCCGCAGACUUCUGUCGCAUCCACCUGCCGGCCUGUCCCAACUCGGCGCCCUUUUACACGCGCCAGCUGGCGCUGCGGCUGCUGCAGCUGCUGGCGGAUGGCGAGGAGCCGCAGCGGUGCGAGCGGCAGGCGCCGCUCGUGCUGGGGCCAGAGGAGCCGCACGCCGACCUCAUCCGUGCCCACAUGCUCGGCAGGGGCGCCGCGGCGCGGUGGCUGGUCUGGCACGUGUCGGUUGAUAAGGCGACGCGCAAGCAGUUCAUGCUGGUGUAUGCGCUGGUGGAGGGCGACCAGCUGAAGGCCUACCUGCGGCGCCUCGCCCGCACGCUCGACCUGUACAGCGACCCCCUGCUGCAGCGCUGCCGCGCCGCCUCCUUCAACGCCGCCGGGCGCCGCGUGCCGCUCUCGUGGCCGGACGACCCCGGGUUCGUCUGGCGCCUGUCAGCAGACCAGCGCGCCGCCCGCGGCGCCGCGCGCGCGGCCGAGGGCGCGGCGCGCGCUGCCGCGCUCGCGCGGGAAGGCGCGGAGGCGGAGCAGGGGCUGCAGGCGCUGAAGCUUCUGGAGAUGGACGAGACCCUCUGCUCGGUUCUGGCCGCGCGGCUGGCCGGCGGCACGGGCGCGGCGCCGGUGGAGGUGCCGUUUGCGCUCGCAGAGGGCCAGCGGGAGUUUGCGGACUGCACUGGGUCCGCCAUGGCGAUCGGGCGCAGCGGCACGGGGAAGACGACGGCCCUGGAGAAUAAGAUGUGGGACCGCGAGCGCCGCGCCCGCGCCCUGCAGCUCGAGCAGCGGCCGCGCCAGGUGCUGCUCACCGCCAGCCCGCGCCUCGCGGCCGCGCUCACGCAGCACGUGCGCGCGAUGAUGCAGACGCUCGCGGACGCCGACCGAGCGCAGCGGCGCGAGCCGGCCGCUGGGGCCUCGCCUGGCGCGCCCGCGUCGCCAGCCACCCAGCAGGGCGCGGCGCCCGGCGGGGCCGCGACGGGUACAGGCACGCCCCCGCAGAUGCUUGACAAUUACGGGGUGCAGCAAGCCCUGGGCGGCGUCCCUGCGCGGCUGGGCGACCUCGGGCCGCAGCACUUCCCCCUCGUGAUGUCAUUCGAGAUGCUGCUCGACCGUAUGGACGCGCAGCUUCCGCGCCCCUUCCUGCCGCCGGGCGACCGCGAGCGGCUGGCCGCCGCGGAGGUCCGCCUGGAGGCGUUCUCGGCAGCUUAUUGGCCGCGCAUCGACGAGGCCCUGCGCCGCGGCGCCGGCGGUGCUGCGCUCGUGUGGGCGGAGGUCAGCGGGCAGAUCAAGGGCAGCCUCGCGGCGCUGGAGGGGACGGCGGGGCAGCUGACAGAGGAGGAGUACCUCACGCUCGCCGACACGCGGCGUGGCGCGGCGCUGCCGCGCGCGCGCCGCGUGGCGGUGUACGGCGCAUACAAGCAGUACCAGCGGCUCAAGAUGGAGGCGCGCGGCUGGGACCGGGCCGAGCGCGUGCGUCACGUGUACCAGGCGUUCGCGGAGGCGGAGGCGGCGGGGGCGCCGCUGCUGCCGGCGGCGCGGCGGGCCGGGUACGUGUACGUUGACGAGGUGCAGGACUGCUCCAUCGCUGAGCUGGCGCUGCUGCGCUUCCUCUGCACCAACCUGGAGACGGGCUUCACGCUGGUGGGCGACACCGCCCAGGCCAUCGCCCAGGGCGGCAGCGUCUUCCGGUUCGAGGCGAUGAGAGACGUGUUCCAUGAGAUGCAGCAGCGAGCGCUGGAUGCAAGCGGUGGCGGCGGCUCUGGCGGCAACGGCGGCGGCGGCCUGGAGCGCAGGUCGAUGCCGGCCCCGCGGGUCUUCCAGCUGACGGAGAAUUACCGGACCGGGCAGCGCAUCGUGAACCUGGCGCACCACGCCGCGAUCGCGCCGCUGCUGUCUUUAUUCCCGGCCUCCCUCGACAAGCUGCAGCCCGAGACCUCCCCGAUCGACGGCGACACCCCCAUCCUCCUCGCCGCUGGCGCCGACGACCCGCUGCAGGCGCUUUUCCGCCCCCAGCAGCCCUCCCCUGCCGCGGCCGGCGCGGCCGGCGGCGGCCGCGGCGCGGCGCAAGGCGGCGCUGCGGCCGGCGGCGAGGAGGGGCCUGCGGUGCAGUUUGGGGCGGAGCAGGUCAUCCUUGUCUACGGCGCGGCGCGCCAGCAGGAGGUCCAGCAGCUGGUGGGCGAUGCUGCGCUGGUCAUGACCGUGCAGGAGUCGAAGGGGCUCGAGUUCAAGUUCGUCCUGCUCUAUAACGUCAUCUCAGACGCCCGCUUCGCUGCGUGGCGCGUGCUGUACACCUACAUGCGCGAGCUGCUGCCCGCCGGCACUGCGUCAAGCCUGCCAGCGGGCCCGGCGUUUGACGCGCACCAGCACCACGAACUCAUGGGGGACCUGAAACAGCUCUAUGUGGCGAUCACGCGCGCCAUGUGUGACCUGGUGUGGUAUGAGGGCGACGAGGCCCGCAUGGCGCCGAUGCGCGAGCUGCUCGCCCACUUCGCGCUCGUGGAAGAGCGGGCCAUGGACGAAGACCUGACGCGGCAGCUGCUUCGCAGCAGCAGCCCGGAGGAGUGGCGCGCGAAGGGGCGCCAGCUCUUCACCCAGGGCCAGUACGCGCGCGCGCGCCAGUGCUUCGUGCGCUCGGGAGACAGGGACCUGGCGAUGUGGGCGGCGGCGUGCGACAAACAGGAGCAGGCGGGUGCGGCGCGGGCCAGGGGCGGCAGCGAGGCCGACGGCCUGUUCGCAGAGGCGGCCGAGCUGUUUCUGGCGGCCGGCCAGGCGCCGCAGGCUGCUGAGUGUUACGAGGCCGGGCGGCGCUGGGCGGACGCGGCGCGCAUUCACUGCGAGCGCCGCUCGCCGCCCGACUGGCGGGCGGCGGCGCGCUGUCACGAGCUGGCGGGCGCGUGGGGCGCGGCUGCAGGCGCACACGAGCGCUGCGCGCUGGCGCUCGGCGGCGGGGCCGCGGCAGGGGAUGCCCCGGCUGCGAGCAUGGGUUCUGAGGCACGGGAUCUGCAGGCAGCUGCGGGGCAGCUGCUCCAUGUUGAGCGCGCGCUAGCCUGCUGCCUCGAGGGAGGGGACAGCAGUUGUUAUGAUCGAGGCCUGCAGAUGCUCGAUGAGUUGCUGGCAGGUGCGGGCGCGAGCCAUGGCGGGAGCGACUCGGGCGGCGGCGGCGGCGGGGGCGAUGGGGCCGGCUUGUCGCUGGACGGCGCCCUGCAAGGCGCGGACGGCGGCGCGUCUGGCUCAGGGGCGGCCGCGGGCCCUGGCGCGGCGGCUCAAGCCGCUGGCGCCGAUGGAGGGCGCAUCGCAGACGGCACGCGGCCACCGCCGAUGCCGCUGCCGCCGGCGGCGGCGGCGGCGGCGGCGUUUGGAGCGGCCCCGAGCUCGGGCCUGGGACGCCGCCUAGCGGAGCUGCGGCAGCUCUACUUAUAUCUUGGUGCCCUCGCCUGGCACGCGCGCGGCGAGCGGCGCCGCAUGCUGGAUUGGCUGCUGCGCCUCGACAGCACGGCGCGCCAGCGGCGCUUCCUGUCCAGCCGGGGGUACCUGGACGAGCUCGUGGACGUGGAGGAGGCCGCCGGCAACUACUGGGCAGCUGCUCAGGCGAGUGCCAAGGGGGCGCACCUGGCCAAGGGGGCCCUGGAUGCGGCAGUGCUCGCAUACCUCAAGGGAGACCACCAGCUGGCAGCUGCCCGGCAGCUGCUUGACCUGGGGGCGCUGCAGCUGCUCUGGCCGCCUCCGGCCCGGGGCAACCAGGGUUCCGGUGGCGCCACGGGGCUGUGGCAGCCCGCCUCUAGCAAGCAAGCGUCGGGCAACCUUAAGCGAGCCGAGGGGCUGAUCCAAGCACUGAUCGACCAAGGCAGCGGCGGCGCCGCGGCCGCCAGGGCUGGCGCCGCCGCAGACGGCAUGGCGGCGCCCCAGAUGCAGGCGCUCUGCUCGGCGCUGUUGGGGCUGCCCGCUGCCUGCGAAGCAGCCAAUGGCAACUGGGACACAGCCGAGCGGCUCUGGCGGCACCUUGACUCCAGCGGGCCGACGGCGGCCGAGGUGGGCAGCGCGCGGUGCGACGUGGAGGGGGCGCGCCUGCUGCGAGCGGUGGUCAGCGGCGGCGUGGUGGCGGCCGCCAGCGCGGAGCUCUCGGGCAUCACGUCAGCGGCCGCCACCGCGGGCGACACGCCCCGGGGCCUAGCCGGGGCUCUGGAGGGCGCGGCGCGGCUCCUGCAGUGGCUGGACUUGUGGUGGCGCCGCGCGAAGGACAGCCAUGGCGCGCUGCACGCGGCGCUGUCGGCGGCGGCGCAGCGGCGGCUGGCGCCCUCGGACGCGGCGUGGCUCGCCGGCUGCUGGCGGCUGCUGGGCCUGCGGCCCCACGCGGCGGAGGGGGGCGUGCUCCUGCUCCUGCCGGCGGCGCGCCACCUCUCAGCGCGGGGGCGCGGGGGCGGCAGCGCGGCCGCGGCAGGCCCGGCGCUGCCGUGGCUGCCAGCAAGCUGCUUGGUUGCGCUGGCGGACGGCACCUGCGGGGUCACCCUGACGGACGCAGCUAAUCACGCGGAUGCACUGAUCCGCCAACGCAUGGAAUCACUGGCCAGCGGCGUGGCGGACGCCGUGGGGUUGCUGACAGGCCUCACCAGCCCCGCCUCGUACUGGCCGCCACCGCAGACAGGCGCCGCAGCCGCGCAGGCGACUCCGCCACGGGCGCCGGCCGCCCUCGGCUGCGACGCGGCGGCGCUGCAGCGCGACGCGCUGCGGGGCCUGCUGCCGGCGGGCGCCGCGGCCGAGGACCUGGACAAGCGGAUCAGCGGCUGCGCGCGCGACCUGCUAGGGCAGCUGCUGCCCCCCAUCUGGCUGGCCCAGGAUUUCCCGCAGCUCCUCUCCCGCUUCAGUGCCUGCUACCAUGACGGUGCCUCCAGCGGCGGUCCCUCCAGCGGCGGUGCCUCUAGCGGCGGCCUCUCGGCCGCGCUCGCGGAGGCGCUGGAGGGUGCUCUGACGGGUCCCACGCGGCUGCUGCCGUUCGAAAAGCCGUCCGCCCAGGCGGCGGCCGCCGCGGGCGAAGCUGCGCGGCAGCUGCAGGCCGCCGGGUGCAACCCCCGCUUCGACCUCGCGCACGCCGCGCUGGUGCUGCUGUGCCUGCCGCACCUGCCGCGCGGCUCGUGGCGCGCCCUCGCGUCCGUGCCGGCCCACCCGCCGGCCGCCGCCCAGCAGCAGGCGGGCCCAGGUGGCAUCGCGGCUGCGCCUCUCACGGCGAUUCCCAGUGCAGCUGUCGUUUCGAUUGUGGCAGCCUGGCAGCUGCCGGGUGCGUUUGCGCUGUCUGCCCUGUUCAACUCGGUGUGGUGGCUGGACAACGGGCUGACCUCAUCGCCGGCGGAGUGGCAGCAGGCGCGGCUCGCCGCGCGAGCGCCCGGCGCGCCGCCGCAGCCUCUGCCGCAGCCGCACUUCCACCACGCCUGGUGGCUGGCGGAGGCCGCACACGAGCUGUGGCGCGUCGACGGCUGGCGCGACCUGCGCGGCUACCCGAGCCCCGCGCUGCUGCUGGACCUGCUGGAGCGCGCCGCGGCGCUGGGCUGCGCGCUGGGAUCUCUGUCAAAGCUGGUGGUCGUGGCCUCGCAGCUGCUGCUGAUGCCACUGGACGACCUGGGGGCCUGGGUGAAGCGCAGCGGCCUCAAGGAAGACCACUGGCCCGCGACCGUCAUUACGCGCGCCGCCGUGCUGCUGCUGGUACUGGCCGCCAACGCGCCGCACGACAGCGCGGCCGGUCCGGCUGUGUGGGCCCUGCGCUCGGCGCGCAACCGGCCCCUUGUGCCGGGGCUUCGCAACCCCGUCGCGCGCCUGCUGCUGUCGCCACACGCGCUCGGCGCCGGCGGGCGCGCCGGCGCCGUCGACGCCCUCGUGCAGCUGUGCCGGGGACUGGGCGGCGAGGCCGUCGUGUCCCUCUGCAGGGCUGGCUCGUACCCACCGCCGCGCGGCGUGCGGCUCGUGCGCGUGGACGAUGGUCACUGCUUCAGCUUGGCGGAGCUGGGUUAUGGCAGCCGCGGCCCAGCGAGCAAGCAAAUCGAUCGCGGAGGGAGCAGUCAGCAAGAGGGGCGCGGCCAGGAGGAUGGCGUCGCCGCAGCAGAGGGGGAUGGCCAGGAGGGCGACCCCGGGGACGAGGAGGGCGACGCGGCCGGCGGCGGCGGCGGCGGCGAGGGCGGGGCGGCGGCGGCGCCGCAGGAGGCGCAGGACGGCGGGGAGGGGCUGCGGCAGGCGGUGCUGCGGAUACGAUUUCGGCGCCGGCUCAAGGCGUGGCUGGCCAGGGCACGGGAGAUGCUGCACCUGGCGGAUCUGCCUCGGGUGCGGCGCCUGCAGCUGCUGGCCGCCAGGGCGUUCCGGGCGCAGGGCCUGGAGGGAGGGCGCUACCUGGAAGCCUUCAUGCUGCAGGCCUGCCCUGCGCACGCGGCAGCAGAGGAGCUACUGGAGUCGCUGUCGUCCGCUGUCGUCCACCUCAAAGCCGGCUCUCCCAAGAGUAGCAAAGGGCUGGCCCUCGCCCCCGCCACUGCCGCGCGGCGCGCGCCGCGGCGGCCACCCCCCUCAGAGGGCGCAGCCGCCACGGGCGGCUUCGAGCCGGGGAGCUGGGACGGGUGGGCGGGCCUGCGUGAGGCAGGGGUGGGCGGAACCGCCGACGAGUUGCUGCUGGAUGAGGUGCUGGACGCACAGGAGGCGCUGCCCAAGCUGAUGGCGCCGCUGGACCCCUGGGACCCGGGCCACGCGGCGCGUUGCCGUGCGCGCCUGGCGUCGGCAGUGGAGCUACUGCAGGCUCAAGUGGCCGCCAUGCGCCUGAAGCUGGCGCGGGUGCUGACGUAA